CAACUGAGCACACAGGUUACUUUCACUGUGGAAACAUAUCGCUCAGUGCUCAGCUUAUGUGACACCCGACAAACUGUGAUUUCAACUCUGCAAGUGACUGUAGGGUAAAGAUCUAGUCAAAAUGAGCUCAGACAGAGGUGAGGAGGUCGUCAUUGAUACCAAUUGCACCACAGUCCACACCCUGGGUAAGCAAAAGGGUCAGCGCCUCCGCUACAUGCAGAAAGAUGGCCGGUUCCCCGUGGUUUUCCAGAAGGCCCCGGGAGACUGGAGCCCAUACCUGAUGGACAUCUUCACCACUCUUGUGGAGAUCCGCUGGAGGGUGAUGUUUCUCAUCUUCUCCCUCUCUUACAUCCUCUCUUGGAUCUUCUUUGGCCUCUGCUAUUGGCUCAUUGCUUAUGUACACGGUGAUGUCGAUGAUGUUGAUAAUGAACCAUGUGUGGACAACGUGCGUGGCUUCACUGGGGCUUUUUUGUACUCAAUGGAGACCCAGGCAACUAUCGGCUACGGCUUCAGGGGGAUGACUGAGAACUGUAUCGUGGCCAUUAUUGUUGUGACAAUUCAGGAUGUGUUCAGCUGCCUUCUUGACACCAUUGUUAUCGGUAUUGUUGUUGCUAAAUGGCAUCAGCUCGUAAGAGAGCUCAGGACAGUUGGCUUUAGCAGCUGUGCGGUGGUCAACCUGCGAGAUGGGGUUCUGUGUCUGUCAUGGCGACGGGACUUCAGAGGGAAUCAUAUUCUGGAUGGUGUCACCAGGGCUAUGAUAGUCCGAUAUGUGAAAAAGUCACAUGGGUCUGUUGUGAUGUCAUACCAGGAUCUGGACAUCCAGGACAGGGACAUUAUUCUCGCCACACCGGCUACCAUUAUUCACAAGCUGGAGCCUGGAGGUCCUCUCUACAGUCUGGGUCCUGACAGCCUGCUGGAGGCUCACUUUGAGAUGGUGGUGUCUUUCACGUACACCGGGGACUCUACAGGAAUGCUCCACCAGACGAGAACCUGCUACAAACCAGCAGACAUCCGCUGGGGUCAGUGCUUCCAGGACAUGCUGAAACUAGGGAAGAAACACUACAAAGUGGACUACGCUCGCUUCAAUGAGACCACAUGGGUGUCAGUGCCUCAGGUCAGUGCUGAGGAGUUUGACAGGGGGAGACGACCUACGGAGGGCAGGCAGCCCCACAGCCCUCUAUUCCCACCAGACAAGACAAAUGGACACAUUUGUCAGGUGGAUCGUGACAUCACUCCAGAGGUUAUGCAUCAAACUAGUUUGUAGCUUAAACUGCCAGAAGUAUUCUAUCAUAAAAGGUGAAUACUGUCUGUAAUAAUGUGAUAUACUUAACUCUUGUAAAUAUAUUUAUGUGUGCUUUUACAAAUGUUA